GUGACCGAUCCGUUGUCGAGGCAACAUCGGCGCUGUGGUUCGCGCCGCGCGUUUAUUGACAUAACAAUAUUAACCGCGAUACGUGCUCCGCGCUGUGCUGUGCUGUGUCAGUGUUGUGAAAAUGUUACCGUAACAUUAAAAUGGCAUUAAAAAAGGAUUUCGAUCUGCCGAAGAACAUAUUCAAAAUCAAAAUCCCAAAAAACGUGAAAGUCCAACAGGCGUUCGAAAAAAUAUUCAAGAAGAGUAACUACACUAAAAUCGCGCAGAGUUAAUUCGGUUUGUUAACGUUUUAUGUUUCAUGUUAAAUGGCCGGUGAGUUUAGUGCUUAUAAUAUCAGUAGAAGUAGAAAUUCUGAAAUAGAACCGCCCGAUCGUGACCAGUCCCCAAAUUUCAUAACCGAUGCCACUGAGUUUAUCGGUAGAGGUGAUAUAAGAAAUUCGACCCCAAUAAACAAACACCGGAGAAGCAGAAGCAGAAGUGGCAACAGAAAGACCCCCAUAGCUCUCAGCUUGUCUGAUGAGAACUUCUAUGAAGAACUAGAGGAAUACGUCAGAGAAAUGUCGGCGGUUAGAGAUACAAGCGCGAAUAUGGACGCGAACACCGAGCAAGACGUGUGGACUCAACUACAGCAGAAGGAAUCUGACCUUCUGCUUGCUGCGGAACUGGGGAAGGCUUUGCUAGAGAAAAACGAAGAGCUAAAGAAGGAACAAGAAAGGAUCGCUGAGGAGUACUCCAAAAAAGUCGAGGAGUUGGAGCAGGAGAAACAUCUACUUCGCCGGCGUCUGGACACCACCCAGGGAGAAUAUGAGGCCAGGAUUCUGGAACUGCAGAACGACAUCAAAGAACUAUCGGUCAAGAUUGAUACGAGAGAUACCUCUGUCAAACAGAGAGAUGAAGAAAAAGCUAGUCUGAUAGCUGAACUUACAGCGCAGAAUUCUCGCCUCACGGUCCAGUUGAAGGAGUCAUCAGCCACAGAAGCUCAACUGCUGGCCCAGCUGGAAGCCUUAAAAGAUCAAUGUUCCAUGAGGAAGACGGAUCUACAGGAUCACGUCCAAAGUCUACAGUCUUUGAAAUCUGAGCUGGCGUUGGUCACUGACAAGAAGACAGACCUGGAACGAAGGCUUACUGGAUCGCUGAAGAACAAGGAGAACUUGAUGCAACAGCUCGAUGAAGCUAACGACAGAAUCGCGGCCUUGGAGAGGCAAUUGAAAGAACAGGAGCAACUGUAUCGGAACACGUUGAAAGACUUGGAGCGUCUCCAACGCUCUCACGACACGUUGGCUGAACGGGUCGGAGCACCAGACCCUAUAGACUCGUCGGACACGGCCAGAUCCCUGCACGCGGAGAUGGAGACCGAGCCCGACGACCAGGACGACAGCUGGUUGAGGUCUGAAGCGGUGCAAGUCUACAAGCAGCUGAGGUCCUUGGCCUUGCAGCUGAAUACUGGACAUGAUGACGAUUCAGGUCUUCACUCCGAUUUAUCUAUUUCAUCCUUGGACGGAUACGAAGGAGAGACCCUGCGCCGUGGUGCUCUAGCAGCAGCCUGUGCAGAUGCGGUGGCUGCCUAUGCUACCCUCGAAGGUUCUAGAGUCAGAGACUCCAUAGCCGCACAUGCUCGUCGCGCCCUGGAAAGGGAAAGGCAGAUUGAUGAGAAGAACGAAAUCAUUGCUGAUUUAUCGGCCAAGCUGUCCGUAGCAGAAGUGGAAUUGCAAGCAGCAGCAGAAGAGAGAGAUAAGCUUCUAAACGACGCCAACUACAACAGUCUGCAGAACGACGAAGCUGUCACUCGCGCCAGACAAGAGAGAGACGAAGCCAUCGAAAGGAAAAAGACAGCUGAGGUGGCUCUGGCUAAGACCCGCGUGGAGUUGAUGCAAGCGAACAGUCAGCUUUACGAAGCCGUGCGUCAGAAGGUCGACCUUGGUCAACAGCUGGAACAGUGGCAGAUGGACAUGCAGGAACUUAUCGACGAGCAGAUGAAGCACAAGCUCACAUCGCAGGAGAAGAGGAGGAAGCUGCCGGAACAGCCUGCCCCUACCCGGACCUCGCGACUCCUUGGAUUUUUUCACCAGUGAUCUGUUGUACGGACCACAAAGCGCUCACCAAUGAAGCCAUAAAAACGACCAUCAUAUCAUUUAUGUAUUAUAUUUUAAUGAAACAGGACAGUUUCUCGGCAGUUUUAACGUCGCUACUGACAUUAUUGUAUCGAAGCGAUCUGUCAAACGUCAUACGCGCGUCGGCCAUCUUGUGCGUCACGGACGUCGCGACGACCGCGCGGGCAUUGAUUUGCGUUUUUAUUUUAUUUUUUAAAACGUGUGAUUUCUACACUUACGCAGUGAUAGCUAGUUUAAUUUUUAGAAUGCUAAUUAUCAAUUCAAUUAUUUUUAUUUUUUAAUUAUUUUACAUUUUUAUUUACGUAUUAUUUGCACUCGAAUGUUUGAUGGCUGAUGAAGACUUUAUGCGCGAUUUAAAAGAGCGAAAUGUACAACAGAUUUUUGAUGUUACGGACAUAGCGUAGUGGAAAGUUGAGGAAUGAAUGGUCCUUGAAAUUUUGACCUUCUCGAUACGGCCGUUUCGAUUGCAUCUAGUGAGCUCAAUGCCUAGUUACACGCGCCUGAGGGAUCAACGUGGUACAUCUCAAGCCGGCUAGAAAUACGAACGAUACGAAACAAUCGAAUAGUUGGUGAAUUGGUGAAAAAACAAGUUACCAUAAGCAAUAAUAACAUUAGUAUAGUGAAAACUAACCUUGUGAUUUUAGUGGCCGUUUUCCAAUUACAGCACAAAAGCGCAUUAUGCGGCAUAAUGCUCAACUAAGCUUCAGCAUAAUUCGGCAUUGUGCGUCA